CGGAAGCGCGCCUCGGGAGGCGGAAGCUGCCUGUUCCGCCGCGUAGCCCCGCGGGGCCGGCGGAAGCGGGCGGCCUGGCCCACGUAGACAGCCUCCGUCCGGGGAGCGCCGAGACCAACCGGAGCACGGAGCACGGGAGGUACACGGGCCCGACGCGGUGGUGGAAAAGGACUUCUAUUUUUAAGCCAGCCGAUCGGAAGAAGAAAAAAUGUCUCAAAAGCAGAUGAAGGAAGCUUUUGUUAGUAACCACAAUGGAACCAGCGUGCUGGAAGUUACCCAGGGCUUGUGCUUGCCUGUGCUCUGCAUCCUGUGCAGAGGACUCCUGAUCAUUCUCUCACAGCACUUGUGGUCUUCACAUACCUGGAGAACUCGAUUCUUCAUUGACUUUGUUUUCCUAAUAGUUCCCGUGGUGACCACUUUGACCAUUUUGUCUUCCUUUGUAUACCUUGAGCACCUCACUGUAAUUCUCUUUGGGGCAGGGCUAUUCUAUCAAAUAUACUGCCGGAGAACUUGCUAUGCCAAAAUGCCCGGCCAGAAAAUCCUUCAAAAAUUCUUAAAAAUUAGUCUAGAAUCAGAAUACAUUCCAGCCAUCUCCUGUUUCCGUGUAAUUAACAGUGCAUUUACUGCUGUUGCCAUUUUGGCUGUGGACUUCCCACUUUUCCCCAGAAGAUUUGCCAAAACUGAGCUCUAUGGGACAGGAGCAAUGGAUUUUGGAGUAGGGGGCUUUGUUUUUGGAACUGCAAUGGUUUGUCCAGAGAUUAGGAGAAAAUGUAUGGAAGGGUCCAGAUUUGAUCGUUUUACAAAGUCAUUGUACUCUGUUUGGCCAUUAGUUCUUCUAGGAGUAGGACGAUUAAUCAUUAUAAAAUCCAUAGGCUAUCAGGAACAUGUAACUGAGUAUGGAGUUCACUGGAACUUUUUUUUUACCUUAAUAGUUGUGAAGUUGAUAACAUCACUGCUUUUGAUGUUUUUCCCCCCCAAUAAAUCCUGGAUUGUGGCCAUUGCCAUUACUGUAUUAUACCAGCUAGCCCUUGACUUGACCCCAUUGAAAAGGUUAAUUUUGUAUGGCACUGAUGGCAGUGGCACAAGGGUUGGUUUAUUAAAUGCCAACCGAGAAGGAAUAAUGUCUACCUUGGGGUAUGUGGCAAUACAUAUGGCUGGUGUGCAAACAGGGUCAUAUGUGCUUAAAAAAAGGUCACAUAUCAAAGACUGGAUAAAAGUAGCAUAUUGUAUUCUACUAUUAGCUAUUAGCCUCUUUGUAUCUCUUUACAUAGUCCAGGUAAAUGUAGAAGCAGCAUCUAGAAGAAUGGCCAAUUUAGCCUUUUGUAUUUGGAUAGUUGCUUCUAGCUUGAUCCUCCUUAGUAGCUUAUUACUGGGUGAUAUAAUUUUGAGUUUUGCAAAAUUUCUAAUUCAAGGGGCUCUAGUACCAUGUUCUUGGAAACUUAUCCAGUCUCCUGCUACAAGUAAAAAGCGUUCAGAAUCUCUAGUCUCUGAAGCUGAAAGAAAGAAACCCAGUCUUUGUUUAAUCACAGCUAUAAACAGAAACCAGUUGAUUUUUUUCUUGCUGUCAAAUAUAACAACUGGCCUAAUCAACCUGUUGGUAGAUACAUUGCACAGCAGUACCCUGUGGGCCUUCUUUGUGCUCAAUCUUUAUAUGUUUACCAACUGUUUAAUUAUAUAUAUACUACACUUGCAAGAUAAGACUAUAAAAUUUUGGUGAUCAAUAGGGGUUGGAUGUGUGUGUUUGAUGAGGAAUUAAUGAGGAAUAAAUAGUAAAUGUGAAGAAAAAGAGCUUUUGGCAAUCCAGUGUUAACUAUAUUUUAUUAUAAAAUUAAGAGUUUCAGUCCUCUAUAAGAGUAGUGAGGCUUAAUAUUUUAAUGUAUUUCUACACUAUGUAAAACAAACCAGUGGAGAAGAAAUGAAACCUUAUGACUCGUUAGAAUAUUAAAUUUCAGUAUUUUAAAGAAACUAUUGUAUUUAUAGUUGUGACACUGGAAGAUUGGAGGAUGGGGAGGAAGGUUUUUACUUUAGCUUGUAUCACCUUAUAUCAUCUGUAUUUUUUAUUGUAUGUAUUUUGUAAUCUUUACAUUAAAACAUAGAGUGAA